AUGGCCUGUAUAAAAAUAAGUAAACCUGAAUGUUCUUGUAAUGUCUGUAAAGCUCGGGAAAUUUGGGUGAAGUCUCAGAAAAAAACUUCAAUUAGUGAUCGCAUUAACAAAACUGCUAUUGGCGUAAUUAUUGGUUGGAUCUUUUUUGCUUUCUUGGCUUAUAAAAUCGCAACAACAAGUGUUAUUGUUGAAAUAUGGGAUCCAUAUGAAGUAUUGGGUAUCAGAGAGGGUGAAUUAUUAGAUACCAUAAAAAAACGCUUUAAAGAAUUAAGUAGACAAUGGCAUCCCGAUAAAGCUCCAUUUGAUAAAAAGAUCGAAUACGAAGAGAAAUUUAUCAAUAUUUCUAAAGCUUAUCAAGUAUUAACUAAUGAGGAAACUCGUAAAAAUUAUGAAGAAUAUGGUCAUCCAGAUGGUAAACAAGCUUAUUCCUUGGGUAUAGCUCUUCCUACUUGGUUGGUUGAAGCAAGAAAUAGUCCAAUUGUACUUGGAAUUUAUGGUGUUGUCUUUGGAUUGUUACUUCCUUUCUAUGUGGGUCGUUGGUGGUAUAGUUCGAGUAGUUUUACUAAGAAUGGAAUAAGGACUCACACUAUGGAUCUUUAUUUUAGAGAUUUGAGAGCGAAUUCUAAUUGUAGGCAAAUAUUAGAUCUACUUUCUGCUUCUAUCGAAUUCAAAGAAUUGGUGGAGCAACGUCCCACAGAUAAUGCAAAGUUAUCACCGAUUAUUACAUCAAUAAAAGAUGAAUUGGAAAAACGUUUUGGUGAAAAAUACGAAAAAAGUAAAAGGUAUUACAUUGUUGAAAAAUCGAUUCACCUUGUUACCGGUCUUCUAGAAAUUGCAUUAGCACAUCGCUGGUUGCAAACCGGUAUGCGAUGCAUGGAAGUUUCUCAAAUGCUAGUUCAAGCUAUGUGGAUCCAUGAGAAUCCAUUAGUUCAAUUGCCAUUUGUGACUCCUGAAAUUUUAAAAUUCAUGAAAAUAAAAAAAAAGAAUGUAAGGAGCAUAGUACAAUUACGAAGAAUGAAUGAUGAAGAAAUUAAAAAUAUUAUAAAAUUAUCAAACGACUCUGAAUACGAUAUACUUAAACAAAUCGCUGAUUCAUAUCCUAUUAUGCAAAUUGAUGAUGCUUAUUUUAAAGUAACUGGAUAUGAUGUUAUCACACCUGGAUCUCUCGUUACAUUGGUGGUCAAAGUUAAAUACUUAGAUUCAGCUUCAGAAGCAAGUUAUAGAGAAUCUAAAUUGGCUGAUGCCAAACUUGCCAAAGAUAACAAAAAUCAGAAAACUAACGAUAAUAAAGAUCAAAACAGAGAAGAUGAUGAAGAUGAUGAGAAAGGAGAAUAUCUUGACAGUGAAGAUGAAUUACUUUAUGGUGGAUCAAAAAAUCUUACAUCCGAUGAAAAAAGUCCUUUCGUGCAUGCACCAUAUUUAUCAAGAGACAAAAAACCUUAUUGGUGGAUUUUUAUGGCCGAUGAUAAAAGGGAUAAAGUUAUGAUUGAACCCAUCAAAAUAACUGACAUUGUUACUACCAAAACAUUUAAAUUCCAAUUUGCUGCCCCUCGUGAUCCAGGCUUAUAUACUUAUGUGGCAUAUAUUAAGAGUGAUUCAUACGUUGGAACUGAUAUUAAAAAAGAACUUCGUCUUGAUGUGAAAGAUUUUUCUGCGCUUCCACCAGAUAAUGAAAUUGAUGAUGAUAUAUCAGAACCUGAAGAUGAUUCAUUCGCUGGACAUUUAAAACUAGCAAGAGAACAAGGAAUUUACGCAGUGAUGGCUGGUAACGAAAAGAAGAAUGAAGAUAGCGAUAGUAGUGAUGAUAGUGAUGAUGAUUAA